GACAGCCUGGAAGAGGCACUGCUGCUAACUUCUUGUCGCCGGCUCCUGACCCCUCCCAGGACCCGUGAUGCCGAGGCAGCUGCAAGGGGCGACGAACAGUCGGGGUUGAGCCCCGAGUGAGCUGAGGGCUCGCGCUCUUCUAGUCUCCUGGGCCUGCCCCACCUGAAGAAAUGAGUGGUGGAUUGGCCCCAAGUAAAAGCACAGUGUAUGUAUCCAACCUGCCCUUUUCCCUGACCAACAAUGACUUAUACCGGAUAUUUUCCAAGUAUGGCAAAGUUGUAAAGGUUACUAUAAUGAAAGAUAAAGAUACCAGGAAGAGUAAAGGGGUUGCAUUUAUUUUAUUUUUGGAUAAAGACUCUGCACAAAACUGUACCAGGGCAAUAAACAACAAACAGUUAUUCGGUAGAGUGAUAAAAGCAAGCAUUGCUAUUGACAAUGGAAGAGCAGCUGAGUUCAUCCGAAGACGAAACUACUUUGAUAAAUCUAAGUGUUAUGAAUGUGGGGAAAGUGGACACUUAAGUUAUGCCUGUCCUAAAAAUAUGCUUGGAGAACGUGAACCUCCAAAGAAGAAAGAGAAAAAGAAAAAAAAGAAAAUUCCUGAACCAGAAGAAGAAAUUGAAGAAGUAGAAGAAAGUGAUGAUGAAGGGGAAGAUCCUGCUCUUGACAGCCUCAGUCAGGCCAUAGCUUUCCAGCAAGCCAAAAUUGAAGAAGAACAAAAAAAAUGGAAACCCAGUUCAGGGGGUCCCUCAACAUCAGAUGAUUCAAGACGCCCAAGGAUAAAGAAAAGCGCAUAUUUCAGUGAUGAGGAGGAACUUAGUGAUUAAAAUUAUAUAUAUUAUGUCAAUAUCAUUAAAAAAUUUUUAAAUCUUGGAGUACCAAGUUCCAUUGGGACUAAAGAUUACUUUUAGAAUUUGAACGUAAGAACACUUAGUACCAAAUAGUUUUUUACUUUAAAAUUGUUCAUAGGAAAUUGAAAAGUAAUUUUAAAGUAUCAUGUUUAUCUUGCAUCAAGAUUUGCUAAUAAUCAUUAAUCUUGAAAACAGUUCAUUUGAAUAAAAAAGAAAACUUAAUACUACCAUAAUAAUGCUAUUGCCAUCCCAAGAAAAAAGGUAGAUAAGUAAAAAGAUUUGUUUGAGAAGUUCAUUAUAAAAGUUUAUUCAUGAUUGGCUUAUUUGAAGACUUUUGAAAUAAAUUUCAUCUUUAAAACAAAAACCUCUUAAAGACUGAAAAGGUUGAAUGAUUUAUUGUUAUUAAUGUAAAUAAAAUUUUCUCAAGAGAAUUUUAUUUUUAAAUGUAGGUGUUUUUGUCAUCUUAUUUCUUUUAGCUUUAUCCCAAUCUGGAUACAUUGUAAUUACCCAUAAAAUUUAAAGUAAAGUAGCUCUCAAAGGCUUGUAACCGAAGAGCAGUAAUUUGUCCUUUGGCACAAAGUUCCAUUCCCCAAAAACAGCCAGCUUCUAUAUUUGUGUCUUUUCACGUGUACAUACAUCUUGCUAAAUAAAAUACAUAUAUUUCUGCCACUUAAUCCAUAAAAGGAUGAAGGAAGACUUUUCAAUCUCCUAUACUCCCCUCUGCCCUCCUCCACCUUCCCAACAUGGCUAUUUUUAAAUUUUUGGUUAAAUCCAUAUUUUAUUGUUUUUAUUUUAGGACCGUCGAAAUACUGUUCACUUCAGAGCUAAUGAGUGUGCUAUGGUUACAUUUUUCCUAGAGUUAAUAAUUGCCUUAUUUUUUUCAUGUAUUAUAUUUCUUUGUUUUUAUGACUGAAGCUUCCCAUACCUUUUGCAGAUGGUUAUAUGGGAAUGGGAUUAUGGAGCCAUU